UGUCGGGCUAUUUCUCUCAGCUCUUGAGGACGUCCACUAGACUGCAUAUCUGCAAGCUAUCAAAGAAAAAAGAAAAUAUGGGAAGAAAGAGAGAUCGUUUUUGGGAGUAUGCUAUGGAACUAAAUGGUCGAUUCAAGUGUGUAUUCUGCGAACGUGAUUUUGCUGGGGGUGCUUCAAGAAUUAAAUCACACUUGGCAGGAGUAAAAGGUCAUGCUAUUGAUAUAUGUAUGAAAGUGCCUAUAAAUGUUCGAGCAGAAGCUUGUGUAGCAGUCGGAAGGCCUAACAAAACACUUAAAACUGCAUCAUCUUCAAGCGAUGAAAAGGAAAGAAAAAUCUUUCCAACUUCAUUGUCAACAACUACCAAGAGUAAAGAAGAAUAUAUGGCUGAAAUUGACUUCAGUUUAUUUUUGGAGGGACUUCAAGCUAAGUUGGGACGACUUGCAACUAAGCAUGUCGGUUCUAAGUGCGGUUUUCGUAAGGAGCUAAUAAAGCUUCUCCUCUCAGUAACGAAAAUUCAAGUUGCGCUAGCGGAUGCUGAGAAAUGGAAAGGCGGUAGCGAGUCUGUGAGGAAAUGGUUAAUGGCGCUUAAAGACGUAGCUUAUGAUACUGAUGAUGUGCUAGAUGAAUUUUGCAAGAAGAUUCUUCAGCAAAAGGGACAACCUCGAAGCCAAAUGAAGAAAAAGGUACGCAGCUUCUCUUCACCGAUAUUACUCGGUAUGACAAAGAAAUUCAUGAAAAUCAACGUAUCAUUGGAGAAAAUUAAGGAUGUUCUUGGAGUGGGGUCUACGAAUAAAAUCUCUUAUUCUAGACGGUAUUGGGAGAUAGACUCCUUACUCAACGAUUCAGAAAUUGUCGGAAGGGGAUAUGAUGUCUCAAAUAUAGUCAACAAACUGACUAGCACAAGCAAACUAAGCAAUCAACGUAUCUCUGUUCUUCCGAUCGUGGGUAUGGGAGGCUUUGGAAAGACAACUUCAGCAACAUUAGUUUAUAACCAUGAAGUGAUAAGGAACCAUUUUGAUGUACUAGCAUGGGUACAUGUCACUAAAAAUUUCAAUGCUGAGAGGGUCUUAAGUGAGAUUCUUAAAUCUCUUGGUGAAGACUUGAUUUUGUUAAAUGACAGCUUCAAUAUACUUAAAGAAAAACUUCAAAAAAAAUUGCGGAACAAAUCCUUUCUUCUCGUACUUGAUGAUGUGUGGUUUGAUGAUUGUAAGGAAUGGGAUAGUUUAAAGAGUGUCUUGUUAGAAGUGAUUUCAACUACUGGAAAUAAUGUAAUUGUAACAACUUGUAGCGACAACGUUGCAAAAACCAUGGAGACACUUCCUCGGAUUUACUUGGAAAAAUUAUCAAAAGAUGAAUGUUGGUCCAUAUUUGCAAAAAGAGCAUUUGCUAAUGAAAGCAUUCCGCGAAGUUCAGAGUUGGAGGCUAUUGGAAGAGAGAUUGCUAAAAAAUGUCAAGGGGUUCCAUUAGCUGCAAGAGUAUUAGGAGGAACAAUGUGCUUUAUAGAUGAUAAGAGUAAGUGGUUGUCAAUUCAAAAUGAUAAAAUUUGGGAUUUAAUGGAUGAUGAUAAUAAUGGAGUUCUUCAAAUAUUAAAGUUAAGCUUUGACUAUCUUCCAACACCAUCUUUAAAACAAUGUUUUGCAUAUUGUGCGAUUUUCCCUAAAAAUUAUGAAUUGGAAAAAGACGAGCUAAUACAGCAUUGGAUGGCCGAAGGAUUCCUUGAACCAUCUAAAGGAAAUUGUAUGGUGAUGGAGGAUAUUGGUAACAUGUAUUUUCGUAUGUUGUUGGUAAAUUCCUUUUUUCAAGAUGCUAGAAAGGAUGUGUAUGGUAAUAUUAUCAGCUGCAAGAUGCAUGAUUUGGUGCAUGAUUUUGCAAUCUCAAUUUCAAAAUCUGAGAAUCUGUUUUUGGAGGGGGAUUUGAUGGGUGAUAUCAAACUUGUACGACAUUUAUUCAUCAGAUCUGAUGGCCAAAAAGAACCAAAAUUUCCAGUUACAAAAUCCAUUUUCGGAAAAUUGCGCACCUUUGUUUCAGAAAAUGUUGCGGUUGGCGGUGUAUUAUCAAAUUUUAGGUGCUUACGAGUUCUAAAAUUAUGUGGGAUGAGGAGAAUAGAGUUGCCAGAAUCAGUAGGCCAAUUAAUACACAUGAGGCUUCUUCACAUAUCACACACUGAAAUUCAGUCAUUACCAAAGUCCUUCACUAAGCUUUCGAAUUUGCAGACUUUAAGAAUUGAAUCUUGCCCUAGUCUUGAAAAGCUUCCAGAUAAUCUAUGUGACAUGAUUAUGUUGAGGCAUAUUUAUAUUGAUCAUGAGUGCAUCAAGCGAACACCUAAAGAUAUAGGGCGGUUGACUAAUCUUCAAACAUUGCCAUUCUUUGUUGUAGAUCUAGACGAAGGUUGUCAAAUUGUAGAAUUGGAACAUGCAAAUGAACUCAAAGGAGAAUUAGAUGUCUACAAUCUAGAGUAUGUGAGAGAUAAGGAAGAAGCCAGAAGUGCAAAUUUGGCAAAAAAGGGUAAAAUAUACAAGUUGGGAUUUCAUUGGGUUAGUUCUCAUACAGAAGACCAUUGCAAUAAUGAUGAAGAGGUGUUGGAAGGCCUCCAGCCUCACCAAAAUUUGAAAAGCUUAACAAUCCAACACUACAAAGGAGAGAAAUUCCCAUCAUGGAUGUUGACAAGUGGUGAUACUACGGUUCGUUUGUUGCAAUUUACUUGUUUGAUGGAGAUCAAUUUAAGGGACUGCGCUAAAUGUAAAGAAGUUCCAACUCUUGGGCAUUUACCCUGUCUUAAGUUUCUUGAUAUAAAAGGAAUGACUAAUGUAAAACGUAUGGGAACCGAGUUUUACAGUGAUGGCAGUUACAAAGAUACAUUGUUUCCAGCAUUGAGAAGACUCCAAUUGCAGAAGAUGGAUAUUCUAGAGGUGUGGACGGAUGCAAAUGAUCUUACAACAGCAAAUAAAGUGUUUCCUUUACUUGAGGAGUUGAUCAUUGACGACUGUAAGGAACUGGAAGAAGCUCCAUGUCAUUUUCCUUCUCUUAAGAAAUUACACAUUUCCAAGACCAGGAGUACGGCAUUCAAAAGAAUUUGCAGCAAGCUUACUACACCCGUGUGCGUCAACAUAUCCAGUAUUUUGGAACCCACUUCUUUGCCAGAACAGUCAUUGCAAAAUAAUAGGAAUCUCAUGUCUUCACGAUAUUCGCAAUUGCCGAAAGUUGAUGCAACUGCCAGUGGGGUUAUUAGAUUCCCUCACCUGUUUGAAAUCUUUGGAGAUUGGUGA